UACUCAGGUCAGGUGCUGCACAGUAGGCUAUUCAUAAAUGAUCUGUCUGGACAGGGUAGGGCUUAGUAACUUUGUUACUCUAUUUCAACUUCCUAAUGUAGCCUACAUACAUUCAAACCACUCCAAACAACUGCAUAGUAUCACAUGUUCUUGUACAAUUGGUAAAAGUUUGCAUACUGUGCAAUUCAUAUUUUCCACUAGGACUACAGCAUCUGCUAUUUAUUAAAGGUAUGAUUCAGUAUUUUCCUGAACACACAUUUCCACGUUUUCUCACACUCAUAGUGCAAUUUAUACUUAAUAUUAUAGAGGCAUGGACAAUUUUGUGGAAACAUUUUACAACAAAAAGUAGCCUAAGCCUUUUUACUACAAAUGUUGAGCACCGUUCUUAUGUGGCCUCUUACCAAUGUGGGGCAGUUAAACCCUGAGUGGAAGGAUUAAAUAGAAGCACAUGAUGAUUCAACCCGUGAUUUUCACUUGAAACAGACCUCAUGCCACGGACUAAAUUAAUGAAUUUUCCUUUCUGUUCUCCCCUGACACCGUAGCCUACUUCUUUCCAUCGAGUCCAUGAUGGCAUCCCCAAGGCUGGAGACGUUCUGCUGCCCAAACCGAGACGCAUCGACCGAAUUUGUCAUUACUUUUCAGCCCCUCUUCUUUGGCGCCAUUUGCAUCGGUAGCGCAACUUUAAGUUUGAUAUUUUCUAUUUUACAAAUUUUGCCCAAACGUAGGGGUUACGGGCGCCUUGGACAGUACCCUCUUCCCAAACCAGCGUCUUCGUGGAGAAUAUUGUUUAUCAUCAGCAUAUGUGAUAUACUGGGAUGUGCAGGUAUCAUAGUGAGGUCAUCCAUCUGGCUGGGCCUGCCCAACCUUGUCAGGGGGAUCAAUGUGGCCAACAACAGCGACAUGUGGCCAGAGGUGUUCUGUGUCGGCAGUGCAAUGUGGAUCCAGCUGUUCUUCAGUGCAUCCUUCUGGUGGACCUUCUGUUAUGCUGUGGACGUCUUCCUGGUGGUCAGAAGAUCUGCUGGAAUCAGUACCAUCAUCCUCUAUCACAUGAUCACAUGGGGUCUGGCCGUGUUGCUGUGUGUGGAGGGUGUGGCUAUGCUCUACUACACAUCCAUCUCCAGCUGUGAAAAUGGCCUGCAGCAUGCCAUUCCUCACUACAUUACUACCUACGCUCCUCUUAUGCUGGUACUUAUAGUCAACCCUACACUGUUCGCCAGGACUGUGUCUGCAGUGACAGCAUUAUUGAAGGGACAACAAGGGAUCUACACAAAAAAUGAGAGACGCCUGGGAACAGAGAUAAAAAUACGCUUCUUCAAAAUCAUGCUGGUCUUCUUUAUUUGCUGGCUUCCCAACAUCAUCAAUGAGAGCCUGCUGUUUUACCUGGAGAUGCAGACAGACAUAAAAGCCAGUGACCUGAAAAAUAUACGAAACACAGCCCUCAUCACUUGGUUUAUCAUGGGGAUACUGAACCCCAUGUCAGGCUUCCUCAACACGUUGGCCUUCCAUGGCUGGACGGGCUUUGAUGUGGACUGCAGCCUGCAGAGGAGAAGGGAGCUGGCCUGGGAUUCAGCCUCCACCUCGGCGGCUAACAACCUCAUCGUGGGCUCCACCCUGCUCUACCAGAGCCACGCCCAGGAGGCCAAGAACAUGACCGGCAAGAACAUCAAGGGCAAUGGGCAGACAGCCUCUGACGCCAUCAGCGUCCUAUCAGAAGGUUCAGAGUCUAGUACAAUUGAAAUCGACAUUUCCACUGAGCACCAAGACUAUGAGGAUAUAGACGCAGAUGGAGAAUCAUUGGAGAGUUCUGCAAGGCACUAGCUACUGCAUCACCUGCUGCCAGCCUCCACUCUCCAUCUUGUUUUGUCUCUCCCCCACUGAGUUUUAGACCCUGUCCCCAUCCGCUGUUUGAAAACCCUCAACUCAGACACCUCUUUAGAUCCAACAGCAGUGUUAAAAAUGAUCUGUCUACCUGUACCAUUUCAUUUAUUUCGCUCUUAAGAAUUGCCAUUUAAUUACUGCUGUAGCACAGUCAUAGGCUUGAUGUUGUCACAGAACAACAUGACACAUUUGGCCACCAGUCUGCUCCUCUAAUGUCAUGACGAUACAUAACAGGGCCAGUUAAUUUGCCUCAUCACUGGACACCCGCUUAAAUCGCCAUUCGCCAUUAGCCACCAAAAGCAUAUAUAUACAAUAUCUUUUCUGAGAUGUUAUUUAGAGGAAAACAAUUUGUAGUUAGGGUUUUUAUAAUUACAUGUUUUACAUUGCACUUUGAUUCUAUUUUAUACAGUAUUAAACAUCAAGCAAUUGUUGAGGUGGUGUUAUCUUUGACCCAAAUUGAAGCAGGGUGUCACGCCCUGACCUUAGAGAUACUUUUUUAUUCUCUAUUUGGUUAGGUCAGGGUGUGACUUGGGUGGGCAAAUCUGUGUUCUAUUUCUUUGUUGGCCGGGUAUGGUUCCCAAUCAGAGGCCAUCGUUGUCUCUGAUUGGGGAUCAUACUUAGGCAGCCUGUUUUCCACCUGAGUUUGUGGGAUCUUGAUUUUGUUAUUUGCUGUAUAGCCUGCUGAACUUUACGUUCAUUUAUCUUUUGUUGUUUUUUUGGUGUUCAUCAAAAUAAAGAAAGCUGUACGUUUA